AUGGGGGAUUGCGUGAAACUUCAUCUCGAAUUGAUUCGAAAGCUUCGGCCAUUCACCUCUUGUUUGGGCAUUACACGAAUCGGUUCACAGGCGAAGACGCCCAACAUUCUCCCUCGACAGGCUUCGUUGCAUAACGAAAUCGGACAAACCUUUGACCUUUCUGGUUCCAGAUUAUCUGGCCAGGAGGUCUUUGAAUCUUAUCAUUCUAGCCUUUUCGCCUUUUCCACCUGGCCCCAGGCUUCGGCUCGACUCUUCCCUUUGCCUAAAGCCGUCGUGCCAUCGCAACUCCAGUCUUUGGCCUCGAUCCUCUCCUCUCCGGAGCCCAGAACGCUGAUAAGCUCUGUCCCGGAUACACAGUGUCAAAACACGUCGGCUGAGGGUUGCAUUGGGAAAAUGGUGAGAUGGGAGUGGGUUAGGCCGAGGGGAGAAAACGGUCAUACUAGACUUGACAAGUCGACUAUGAUUAAUUGCGUCCCGUCGACCCGUCGGACCGUUUAUGUGGACACGCCUCCUCCACUUUGUCUGGCGCCCGGGCGUUUUCGCCUCUUCUCUCUUGUCGGUACCGCACCGAGUGAAUCACAUAUCGGCAAGCCCACUCCGGCGGGCCCAUCAUUUGGACAGGACUAA